UGCCCCUAGUACAUUUUGAACAAAUUUCUCACAUUUUGUGGGCCUGGGGAUCCAUGCUUUUCCAUUUUAAACUAACUCAAAUUGGGUGGAUCACAGCAGGUCAGGGACGUGCAUGCCGGUGCUGUAGUUCGUAACGCUCAAGCCGUUGUCCUGCUAUGUGCUUGCUGCAGGACUGAACACCUGUUCUGAUCGGGAAGAAGCUGAGGCAGCUGCGGUUCUUCACGGCUUUCAACACUGAUCUAUGAGGAGCUGAGAAUAGCUAAUAAGCGAAGAAACCAGGGACCAGCAGGGGCGAAACUGUCGACAAGGCACAGCUGAUCGAGGAUGUGAGGAAGUCCCUCUACGCCUCCAAGAUCUGCAGCUACGCCCAGAGCAUGAACAUCAUCAAGGCCAAGAGCACGGAGAAUGGAUGGGGCCUCAACCUCGGUGAGCUGGCCAGGAUCUGGAAGGAUGGGUGCAUCAUCCGCGCCAGCUUCCUGGACCGCAUCAAGAAGGCCUACGACAGUAAUGGUGAGCUGGCCAAUCUCCUCAUCGACCCCGAGUUCGCGCAGGAAAUCAUGGACAGGCAAGCUGCAUGGCGGAGGGUCGUCUGCCUCGCCAUCAACAACGGCGUCAGCACCCCCGGCAUGUCCACAAGUCUGGCCUACUUCGACUCCUACCGGAGGGACAUGCUUCCAGCGAACCUGGUCCAGGCCCAGAGGGACUACUUUGGGGCGCACACCUACUUCAGGCCCAGAGGCUCCUUCCACACCGAAUGGUACAAGAUCGCCAACUUGAAGAUCUAA